CUACGACUACGACGACGAGCUCACCAUCGUCCUCAACGUUCGCAACGUUUUGCUCGCCGUUAUUUACAUUUCACUCGCUGUUUUCGACCACGAGCUUUCUUGCUUGGUCCGCAUUAACUCCAGUGUUGAUCUGAUUCCAUUCCACGCGUCGUGGGAGAUUAACCGAACGCGAUGGAGGCAACAUCGCCUGCCGAUGUCAACUCAAGGUCACGCUCCCCAACUCCUGCUCUACCUGUUCAGCCCGACCAUUUCUUUGGUUCAGAGGGUGCACACCUACCACCAUCUCCCAAUUCAGACGGGAGAACAUGGCUCGAGCCUGAAGAUGACCCCCUAGCCCAUAGAGGCAUACCAGUGUUUAAACCGACCAUGCAAGAAUUUCAAGACUUUGAGGGAUACAUGAAUAAAAUAGAACGUUGGGGAUUGAGAAGCGGUAUCGUGAAGGUAAUACCUCCUAAAGAGUGGGUGGACGCGCUUCCUGCAACUGGAAGUCAAUUGGGAGAUGUCAAGAUCAGAACCCCAAUCGAGCAGCAUAUGCUCGGCCGCGGUGGUCUAUUCCGACAGGAGAAUGUCGAGAAACGUAAAGUCAUGAGCGUCAGAGAGUGGGCAGAGCUCUGCGAGAAGGAAGAGUUCUGCGCUCCCGGCGUUGAAGACAUCGGCCUUCAUGGCAGAAACGCGGCUGUGAAGACGAGGUCGAGGCGCACCAAGACGAGGGCUGCAAGCAUCAAGGUCGAGUCUGUUGAGCCGGAGGACUCGCCUGCUCCGGCCAAGGAAGAAGAGGAGGAUGAUAAUGAUGGAAGACCUGGUAUUUCCGCCCCAUUGUCCCCCCCGACGAGUGUUGGACUUCCCCAAACUCCAGUUUCCACAACAGCUGACGACUCAGUUCACCACCCUGAUCCUUCGUGCAGUGAUCAACUACCAGGAGACGUGGAGAUGGCCGCGCAAGAUGAUACCGAUGCAUCUGAAAAGAAGCCUGUCGCGAGGAAACGUGGAGCUCAAAGUCGGGAGGUCAGGGAAGCAGAACGUGCAGCCAAGGACGCAGCCUUUCUCAAAACUUUCGAGCCGCACAAAGACUGGCUCCCUCCAUGCACCAAUGCUGAUGAUUACAGUGUGGAGUUUUGUCAGAAACUCGAACGACAGUUUUGGCGGAACUGUGGCCUUGGGAAACCAGCUUGGUAUGGAGCGGACACUCAAGGCUCGAUUUUUACGGACGAGACUACCGCUUGGAACGUUGCACAUCUCCCGUCAUUCCUGUCGCGGAUACUCCCUUCGUCAUCCAAAGGCCUGCCAGGCGUCAACACACCUUAUCUAUACUUCGGGAUGUGGCGUGCUACGUUUGCAUGGCAUGUCGAAGACAUGGACCUCUUCAGCAUCAAUUACAUUCAUUUCGGGGCUCCCAAAUUCUGGUAUGCGAUGCCACAAGGACGGGCCGCAGCUUUAGAAUCAACCAUGAAAGGCUACUUCCCGAAGGAUAUCUCGCAAUGCCCUCAGUUCUUGCGGCACAAGUCCUUCCUAGCAUCACCUACCCUCCUAGCGCAGUCUUCAUGUCGCCCCAAUUUUUUGGUUCAGCGUGCGCAAGAGUUCGUGAUCACCUAUCCUCGUGGAUAUCAUGCCGGCUUCAACCUUGGUUUCAACUGCGCCGAAAGUGUCAAUUUUGCGCUAGAGAGCUGGGUAGAGCUCGGGCGCAAGGCCAAGGCAUGCCAGUGUAUAUCUGACAGUGUACGGAUUGAUGUUGAUCAGCUACUGUACGAUAGGGAAGCCGAGCGCUGGAACCCUCCGGUGCCUGAGCCCGCAAAACGACAGCCUUCAUCGAAGCGCAAAGCUCUUGAAGGUCCGGAACCUCAACCAAAGCGCAAGCGCCCCAAAGCCAAAGAAGCAUCGACGUCUACGCCGGUCGCCGGUCCAUCAGCGUCAAGGGUCACCCUUAAGCUUGGCCCCAGGCCGGUGGAGGACAUUUUCCCCUGCUGUUUGUGUAUAUCAACGAGCAGAGAUGGCUUGUUCCCUGUACAGGAUCCACCUGUUGGUCGGCGGGAGCUUCCUGAAAGCUUAUCGAGUCUUUCAAGCGAGGCUUGGAUGGCACAUGAAGAGUGUGCUAAAGUCGUACCUGAGACUUGGGUGGACGAGGUUGAGACGGAGAUGUCCAUGGAGAAAAGGGUGUUUGGUGUGGAUGCAAUCGUGAGAGAUCGGUGGAAUUUGAAAUGUGCUGCUUGUUCAAAGGCACGACAAAAGGCUCAUGGUGCACCUAUCCAGUGCACUAAAGGCAAGUGUGCGAAAUCCUUUCAUGUCGGCUGCGCAAGAGAUGGGGGGACCAGCGGCAUUGUUUUCUCGAUACUGCGCGAGGUUGAGAAGGAGGUGAUCCUAGUAUACCCCCAACCAACCCCACUACCUCUUCCACAUCACACUCCUCCGACUUCUGACGGAACCACCGCAUUUUUGGAUCCAGCUUUGUCUCAGUCUGAGACGCAACCACAUGAGAUACUGCCUUCUCCCGUUGAGGUAGAGCCACAGGUACUGAAGUCAAUCAAGAAGUAUGACGUACAUGUUCUAUGUCUGCAGCAUAAUCCAGCUGUCGCCGCCGCAAAGAGGGCUUCGAAACAGGACCGUAUUAAAAGCGAGCUCGUUGGUCUCCCACCUAUGUCGCGUAUCAAGAUUCGUGUGAGCUCUGGUGUCUUCGAGGUCUCCUUGGUGCGCAUUGUAGAGGAGACCGGGUCUGUCGAGGUUCUUUGGGACCGCGGUAUUAAGCGGGAAUUCAAGUGGGGAAGCGUCAUCUUCGGUCAGACCGAAGGUCAAACUGUGGUGCAGAAGCCCUCGGAACCAGCUCCUGAGGUUCCUCAUCCUUCGAUGCAGGUAACAGCUUAUCCGUCGACAACGGCGGCGGCGGCGUCCGCGGUCCCAACACAGCCGACUAACGCUACGAAUCACUAUGCCCCUUAUUAUGCCCCGCAGUCUCAUCAGCAGUAUUACCCCGCGAAUGCAUAUGGCUCAGGAGCUUGGUCCUACCAUACUAGAUAUGAAAUCCCAACACAGCAACCGAUGGCGCAGAUUCCCCAUGGAUACGCCGCAUAUUACUCGCAUCCUGCAUAUGGCCAGCCCGUCAGCAAUAACAACAACGCACACCAUGGCCAGGCUCCGAAUGAUGCCCAGCUGCAAUGGCAGCAGCCAUACGCUGGAGGGGCGCACGAGAAUGUAGAAGUUUCGGGCUCAUGAAACUGGUUAGAAAACAGAAGUUAUACUUAUUCUUUCAUUCAGAGCUGGGGCGAUUCCCUUCGGGUACAUUAUUAAUGAGUUUGUUGAUAUGCUGUGUUUAUUCUUUGCAAUGGACUGCGACGUCGGUUUUUUCCCCUCCCGUGGAGCGCCGACGAAUGCCAGGAAACCGCACCAAAGUCGUGGCUCUUUGACUCUAUCCUGACGCACGCACGCACCGGG